AUGUACCCGGACGAGUCCAGGGAUAUUCAUUGGCCUAAAAACGAAGUGGACGAUCCCGAGGAAGAUAGUGAUCUUGAAGAGACGUAUGACUCUGACACCAAUGAUAACUCGGACCUGGAGGAAGGUGAAUAUGAUCCAAGUGGAUACACUCGUACUCCCGUUGACCAACGGUCAACAUUACUUGUGGGUAGUACCAACGAUGUAGUGAUGGCCGAAGAUCAUGAUCACAACCUUGAUAUAAAUUCAAUUCUCAAACAGGUUGACUCAGAACGUCCGGAGGCCAACCUGUGCCCUAUCUGUAUCACAAGAGGAUCCACACGACUUGCCUUCCAGCUCGAGCGAUAG